AUGUCUUGGGGUCGAGAAGGCCCCAAAAUGGAACUAAGCCGCCUGGGGGCUGCAGUACAUCUCUUGUCCACAUUAAUCCUCGGAUGCACAUGGGAUGGGCUUCAUGUAGAGAAACGACAAUCGACGAACGGCAAAGUUGAAUCAACGAAUGACGAGGUGUCGAGGAUCCGCGUGACGCGCCAAAUUCCCGUCACUUCUUCUUCAUUCAGAGCAGUAAUGGCCGACUCGCUUUCUCCUCCAUCUGGAUCAGCGCAAGAUGAAGCGGAAAUCCCUCUGGAUGCUAUCAACCUCUUUCCCCGCAAAAUCGGACCGAGAAUCUUCCAUUUGCCGGGCAGAGGCGCGAUCUUAAAAGUUGGGAGAAGUGUAAGGAUGGCCGAAGCUGAGGCUAUGCGAUUCGUGUCCAGCCGUUCUUCCAUUCCCGUACCUGAAGUAUACGAAGCGUACGAAAAAAACGGAAUAGGGUACAUCUAUAUGUGCAAAGUUGAAGGACUGCAGUUGGGGGAGACUUGGUCGUCGUUGUCGUACGAUAAGAAGGCAUACAUUGCAGAUCAGCUUCGAGGAUACGUGACAGAGCUUCGCGAUAUGCGCGGGGACUCCUAUGGCGCGCUUUGGAAUCAACCUAGCGCAGACAUCUUCUUCUCACACCUAUGUCUGAAAACACAUGACAACAAGCAAUACGGUCCCUUCAAGUCAAGAGCCGAAUACAAUCAAGGCCUAGUCGAGGCUCUUACCAACUCUCGUCCCAGAGGCCAACUUGGGGAAUCAGAAAAUAGCAUCAUCGCCAAAAUAUCAGCUUUGACUGAAGACGCCAAGGUUUUCUCUCAUGGCGACCUCCACCUCGAUAACAUCCUAGUCGAUGGUAACUGCAAGAUUAUGGCCAUCGUUGAUUGGGGCUCAGCUGGCUUCAGCAUACCAGGCCGAGAAUAUUUAGAGGCUAAUCUACGAGCUCGACAACCCGAAUGGAUCAAAUUACUCGACGAUGUAUUCCCCGAAGAUGCAAAGGCGGAGUAUCAUAUAUUGAAAGAGCUAGAUCGAGCGCUUGUAUUAUACAGUGGCUUUUAA